ACCUUGCUUACUACCCUGGUGCUAACUCAACUCUAUCGUCCAGAGAAACAACCUCUGGGAGAUGGGAAGGGCAGAGAUAGAGUCCUGGAUAGCUUCUACCUCUAGCGUUUCAGAGGAAUACGAUGACUCGGCAAAAUCUGGUCCGCUUGAAUGGCGAAGAGAACUGGUCCUAACGGAUUGGGAUCAAGCACUUCAGCUUGCUCAAAAUAGGCUGCUCGCUAGCAGUACAAAAGCUCGUAUACAGUUCCUGAAGGAAGAACUGUUGUUUCUCGCAAGACAUGCUGAUCUUUCAUUAUCACAAAUGCUGGAUAUAUUCAAACUGGUGACCCAGACGUAUACCCGUUAUAUGGAUACUUCAUCGAGAGAAGCUGUUGAGGAUGUUGGCAUCGAGCUGGUGCGCCAGGAUGAGCAGCGCGAGCAGCCACUUGGAAUCACAGAACAGAUACUCGGAUGGCUUGUAAAUGAGGUUUCACAAUUCGCCAAACGGCCAGGAGGUUUUGCGGCUUCAGACAUGUUUGUGUUACUGAGCUGGAGCUGUGGAUUGUAUGCUGUUUGCUUGAAGACAAACGCAAAUUUCACUAGUACCCCGACGUGGCGAGCACUAAUUGGUGUCAUGGCAAUUUUGGUGGAUUUGCUGCUCGACAAGUCGAGUCAUGCGAAGCCGUCAGUGCGCAAGAGCACUCUCGUUCGCGCUCGACGCGCUUUGCGUUCGAAUCCUGAACACCUUCCAAAAGUGAUGGAUACCCUUCUUGCAAUCGCAAAGACCUCCUCAAAUCCGUUAUCUGUGGCUCCUCUACUUGGUAUUUCCGUCGACGUGACACUGAGGCUCAAAAAUGUGAAAGACGAAAGCUUGACUCGUGUUUCUGCCGAACUUAAGGACAAGAUCAUCAAUUUUUAUAGUACUUCUGUGCUCAUGUCAAGGACGCCUGUCGCGUCGCAUGCUUCUACCGCCCUGCACGACUUCAUCGAGACCUACGUCACAGAAAGUGAUCUUGCGACCACAGUGCUUCCGACGAUGGAGAAGUCCCUCCUUCGUUCACCAGAAAUCUCUUUGAGUGUGAUCGCCGACUUCUUCUCUGCUUAUGCGCGAACUAUUGAAGGUGACAUUUUCCGCAGACUCUUGACCCCAGUCCUCAACAGUGCCAGAUCCGCUAACUCGGUUGUACGAACCAAUGCUGCUCACCUGUUCCGCGUAAUCAUCGCCAAGACCGAGUUGUCGGAGGACUUCGAUCACACUCUUACCGAAUUACUCAGUUUGCCCAAGGCUGGCAAAACAUCCGGACCUGAUCAUCGCGUAACCCUUUACACCAUGCUGUCGUAUUUGGUCCCAUCCAACGCUGUAUCACCGAAAGUCUUGCAGUCCAUCCCUCCGCUGCUGGCGAAGGAGACUCAUGACUUGGCUGUAACGAUUCUCGCAUCUGGCUUAAGUCCACACUUGACGUACUGCUUGCGGGAGGAUAUUCCUAUACAUGCUGAUACUGUCACGCUGAUCGUGAAGGAGAUGAAUGGCACCAAGCCAGUCUUGCGCCGUGCAUUCUCAGCCAUGACCGGUGACGCCAUCUGGAACCUAGGUGUAGUCUCAACGCCGACAUCCCUAAAAUUCGUUGAAGAUAUCUUGCCUGCUUUGGAUACAAGUUUGAAGACGGUAUCUAGCAAUCCUCUGGGUACCGCAGCAGGUCCAUUGGAGGGUUAUAUUGCUGUCGCAGUUUUGCUUGGACCUUUAUCUGCAAGCGGCAAAUUCGACGAUUUCAUUUCCCGCAAUGCUACUAUUCAAAGUUUGGUUGCGACUGGCGUCAAACCGUCUUUCUUGAUUUGGGAUAAGGUCUAUCAGAAGCUUACUAGUGCGGACGAAGAAGUUUGGCUACUCCGUGCAAGUGAACGCGCCUUAGUCUUCUGUAAGAGUCAGCUCUUCCAGAGUGAACAAGCUUGUUCAAUGCUUGGUUUUGUCUUCCUCCAUCUGGCCGUCGAGUCCGCUUCACCUGAAUUAAGACGCUCGGCCAACGCUUCUCUUGCGAAGCUCGCACCUCGGGAGCCUGAAAUUCUCAUCAAGACCGUAUCAAACGCGUUGACGUCCUACUUGACAAGAAGCAAACAGCCAACCAAGGGUCAUGUAAGCGACGAAGAGCAUGAAGCUUCUAUUAGCAAGUCAUCAAGACUGGUGGCAUUCCUACUGGCCUGUGCAUCUUUUGGAGAGAAGGUCGAGAAGUGCAUUAGAGAACGGGUACUGAUUGACCUUCUUGUCCUCGCACAUCAUCCAUUACUUUGUGCGCAUUCGAGACAAACCUGGAUUGAGUUGUGUCAAGCUGGUCGGAUAGAUCCUCAUGACUUGGUUAGCUCCCACGCAGAGCGAGUACUAUCCAAGGUCUUAAGCGCUUGCGAUGUGCAAUCAAAAUCGCUCAACCCGAGUUUCGCGGAGGCUAGUUAUCGUGCCGUGACUACGAUAGCUUUUGUAGCACCGGAGGCUGUGGUCCCUCGUAUCGUAGAGCGUAUCGGGCUCGACCUAAAGGCAGACACCAUAGAAGCGUUGACUGAUGAAGAUAUCGGCAUCUGGGCGACCCCAGAUGGAACUACCUAUGUCGAUGUGCUUGCUGGAAAGAAGCAAGAUGAACCACAGAAGAAAGGGAAGGGUGCGAAGGACGCUCAGUGGGAAGCUGAAGUCCGCAAGUCCCUUGCACAGAAAAAGAAGGCUGCUGGUCCACCGGUACUUUCGAAACAGGACGCGGCUCUCGUUCAAGCACAACUUCAAAAGGAGGCAGUUGUCAGAGAUCGGGUGAAUGGUAUCAAAGCUCGAUUAGAACGCGGACUUCACCUCGUUCACAGUCUUGUCUCUGCUCGUGUGGAUGAGCUUCGUGUCCACCUGUCUUCCAUUGUGGAGUUGCUUCUUCGGGGCGGUUUUGGGAAGGCAGUAGCUCUAGUUGGCUCUACAUCUUUUGAGAGAUAUUUGGAUCUGUCAAGUUGUUGUUCCGAUCGUCUCGACAACUUCAAGAGAUGGGUCGGUAUUGCAACUCUUCGUAGUCUUGAGGUGCAGGGAAUUCCAGAAGAACUUCAGGCUGAGCCAAUCAACUCGCUUGUAUCCCGAGUGCUUUAUCGGCUUCGUUCACUGUCAGAGCGGGCCCCCUUCGAUUCAGCGACAUACUCUUAUGCUUAUCCUCUUUUGAGUCAAGUCCUCGUGAACGGGGGUAUCGGCCUAACUGAGGAAGACGAUCCGCUUGAACAGAUUGUACUUUCUUUGCAGAUAGUGAAGUUCCACAGUGGCGAAUUCUCUGACCCGGUUUUCCCCCGCACGAGAACAAUCAAUGACCUACUGCAUACAAUCAGGUAUCAGCCAAAACUUGCAAAGGACGCGUCAUCCACGUUAAUAGAAAUCGCACAAGCUAUGCUUACAAAUGCAACUCGUAAGGAAGUGGAAGUACUACUUCGCGGCUCUCUUAGCCAGGAGGUGUACGUCCGAAAUGCCUGCCUACAGGCGUUGCAGCCAUUCGACCUCACCGAUUUGGACUGGUCUCCGCAACUUUGGAUUGCAUACCACGACGAAGAUAAUCAAAACGCUCGUCUGGCACAGCAUUUAUGGGAAGACAACGGCCUUGAUGUUCCUCAAACUUUCUUACAAGACGUUCUCCCAUACCUUGAGCAUGACAAUGCAUAUGUUCGUUCAAGCAGUGCAUCUGCUCUAGCGGAUGCAGUUGAACAGUGGCCAUCAUCCAUUUCGAACGUAUUGGAGGCACUGCAGAACUUCUACCGCGAAAAGGCUAAGGUGUUGGCGCCUGAGUUUGACCAAUAUGGAAUGCUCGUAGCCCAAAGCGUUGAUCGCGCAGAUCCAUGGCCGGCUAGACUUGCCAUUGCUCGCACAUUGGAACUAUUGGCACCACAUUUCACUAGCGAAACAGUGGUGCCACUGUUCAAGUUCCUCAUCAACGACGAAGCGCUUGGCGAUCGUCAUCCGGAUGUUCGCCGUGGCAUGCUUCAAGCAGGGACUGCUGUGAUAGACCAACAUGGCCCACUGCGCCUUGCUGAGCUCAUCUCCAUGUUUGAAGAUUAUCUCGCAGCUCCGGGUUCUUCCAGUGAAGCUACAGAUUAUAUCAAGGAGGCAGUUGUUAUUCUGUUCGGGCGUGUCGCACGACACCUUGACCCAUCUGAUCCACGGAUUCCACAAAUUGUCAAGAGGUUGAUCGAAGCCCUGAAAACUCCCGCGGAACAGGUUCAAAUCGCAGUAUCGGAUUGCUUGUCGCCACUGGUGAAGAUACAGCAUUCUACAGUAUCGGAUCUCAUAGAUUAUUUGUUCGAUGAGCUCACCAAUGCACCAAAGUAUGCUGCUCGUCGCGGAGCUGCGUAUGGGUUAGCAGGUGUCAUCAAGGGUGCUGGCAUUUCCACCAUGAAGGAGUUCAACGUCAUCGAGCGUUUGCGGGCCGCUGCCGACGACAAAAAGCGCUAUGAGCCACGACAAAGUGCUAUGUUCGUUUUCGAAACAUUUUCCACUGUUCUAGGCAGACUUUUCGAGCCAUACGUCUUGCAUAUCCUACCGCUUUUGUUGGGUUCUUUCGGCGACGCUACAACUGAUGUUCGGGAAGCUACACACGAUGCGGCAAGGGUAAUCAUGGCAAACCUCUCAGGCUACGGUGUCAAAACCAUUCUCCCUUCCCUCCUUGAGGGACUUGACGACAAACAAUGGCGAUCAAAGAAGGGUUCGAUUGAGCUGCUGGGUAUGAUAGCUUAUUGUGCUCCGAAGCAGCUAUCCCAGUCUCUUCCAAUAGUGAUUCCUCGACUGACUGGAGUUCUUACUGAUUCUCAUGCUCAAGUGCGUGCCGCGGCCAACAAGAGCUUGAAACAAUUCGGAGAAGUCAUCAGCAAUCCCGAAAUUCAGUCUUUGGUUCCUGUCUUCUUGAAGGCAAUGGUGGAUCCGGACAAGACCUCCAAUGCUUUAACUGCUCUGCUGAAAACAUCAUUUGCGCAUUAUAUCGAUCAUUCCUCACUUGCGUUGGUUGUACCUAUAAUAGAGCGUGGCCUUCGUGAACGUAGUGCGGAUACCAAGAAGAAAGCGGCACAGAUUGUUGGGAAUCUCGCAUCAUUGACGGAUUCAAAGGACUUUGUGCCAUAUCUCUCUCAGCUCCUUCCUCUAGUUCACGUGGUACUAGCUGAUCCUGUACCCGAAGCUCGAGCUACUGCUGCCAAAUCCCUGGGUACUCUGGUUGAACGGCUUGGAGAAGGCCACUUCCCAGAUCUCGUUCCCGGUCUACUUCGAACGCUCAAGGCCGAUACGUCAGGUGUGGAUAGACAGGGUGCUGCGCAAGGUCUCAGUGAAGUACUUGCAGGCCUUGGAAUGGAACGCAUGGAAGGUCUGUUGCCCGAUAUCAUCGCCAAUGCUCAAGCACCUCGCAGUACUGUUCGAGAAGGGUUCAUGUCUUUGUUGGUGUAUCUGCCUGCAACGUUUGGGACUCGGUUCUCGCCCCAUUUGCCAAGGAUUGUUACGCCUAUUUUGAGUGGUUUAUCUGAUUCCGAGGACUACGUUCGCGAAGCCGCUAUGCGCGCGGGUCGUAUGAUUGUUACGAACUAUUCGAACAAGGCCAUUGAUCUUCUUCUGCCCGAACUUGAGCGUGGGAUGUUCGAUCCAGGCUGGCGCAUUCGGCAAUCAUCUAUUACACUCGUUGGAGAACUGCUCUUCAAAGUCUCAGGAAUUAGUGGCAAAGCAGAAAUUGAAGAGGAAGAAGUUGCAGAGACAGCAAUGGCGGAAUCUUCCCGCAAGGCUCUCAUCGACAUUCUCGGUGUUGAACGCAGAGACCGUAUACUCUCUGCUUUGUAUCUGGCUCGUCAGGAUGCUGUCAAUGUCGUUAGACAAUCGUCUGCGCACAUCUGGAAAGCGCUCGUGCACAAUACCCCUCGAACAGUCAGGGAAAUUUUGCCUGAGCUCCUUACACAAAUUAUUGCUCUCCUAUCCAGCUCUGAACCUGACCAACAGGAGACUGCAGCCCGCACCGUCGCUGAACUUUGUCGCAAAUCCGGGGAGAAGAUCUUGGGAGAAAUCAUGAUCAUUCUCCGCCACAAGUCUAGCUCGACAGACCCUCAGACUCGCGAAGGUGUAUGUCUCUUGCUGUGCGAGCUAAUGGAAAGUACUACAGAUAGCCAACGGGAAGAUCAUGAGGACGCUAUAAUAUCCAUGGUCCGCGUUUCACUGGUUGACGAUGAGGCUAAUGUACGUUCCGCCGCUGCCAAGGCUUUCGAUAUACUGCAGGAGCAGGUUGGUGCGAAGGCAAUCGAUCAGACCAUUCCUACACUUCUGGAAGCUCUCCGACAACCCGGUCAGAGCUCAGGUACUGCGCUUCAAGCACUUAGAGAAGUCAUGAACGUCCGCGCCUCGACUGUGUUCCCAGUCUUGAUACCUACACUGACCGCCUCUCCAAUGACCGUCUUUAAUGCUCGGGCGUUGGCGUCAUUGGUGACAGUCGCUGGAAGUGCACUUAGUAGACGACUCACUGUCAUUCUCAAUGCUCUUGUCAAGGAACUUGAAGCGCAAGAUAAGAAUGCCGAAUCUGAACUUAAAACUGCGUUGGAGGACGCAUUACGAGCACUUCUUCAAGCAAUCUGUGACGCAGAGGGCCUGAAUACGCUGAUGUUGCUGCUUUUGGGAUGGGCGAAACAUGAAUCCGUGGAUCGCCGUGUUAGCGCAUGCAGCAUUUUUACCAUUUUCUGUCAAGUCUCAGAGUUAGACAACUCCCUGUAUCGCGUCGACUGGGUUCGACAACUUAUCUCUCUCCUGGAUGAUCCUCAAGUACCUGUGCAUACAUCGGCUUGGAAUGCCUUCGAUGUGUUCGUCAAGUCAAUUCCAAAAGACGAGCUUGAACCACUUGUUGUACCGUUACGGCGCACUAUCGAGGACACUGGUGCACCGGGUACAUAUGUUCCAGGGUUCAGUCUUCCAAAGGGUGUUUCAUCCACUGUGCCCAUCAUCAUCGCAGGUCUUACCACGGGAAGCAAUGAGCAACGAGAGAACGCAGCGUACGCCAUUGCUGACCUGGUGGAACGCACGGAAGAAAGCGCUAUCAAGCCUUUCGUUGUACCCUUCACGGGUCCACUCAUUCGUGUCGCAACACAAGCUACAACGUAUCCUCCGGGCGUAAAGAUGGCAAUUUUGACGGCUUUGGAGACUAUGCUCGAAAGGAUUCCAGUAUUCGUUAAGCCAUUCUUCCCUCAACUUCAGCGCACUUUCGUCAAGAGUGCUAGUGACCCGUCGAGUCUCGCCGUACGCAUGAAGGCAGCGCAAGCUUUGGGUGUUCUCAUGAAGAAUCAACCUCGUGUUGAUCCAGUCGUGACUGAAUUGAUUACUGGUGUCAAGAACAACGAUGAUAGUAUAGCGAGUAGUUUAGUCCUUGCUCUCGCUUACGUUGUGAGCAAUGGCGAUGCAAACAUUGGAGAGAAGGCAAGGGAAGCAUGCAUGGAUAUAGUGGCUGAAGCGUUCAAGGAACAUCAUGACGAAUCCUUCGUGCAAUCUACGGCUGCGUUAUUUGCUGCACUCGCAUCGCAUCCUGACCUGCUAAGGCCCAUUGUCGAGGCUCACCUUGUAGCCGGCACGCCGCAAUCUGCCCUGGCUUCCCAUUGCAUAGCUGCUGUACUGUCACCCAGCGAAGACGGGCAGAAUAAGGACACCACUCUCUUCCACGAUCUCUCGGUUUUACCGAGUGUAUCUCGAAAGAUUCAGGAAAGCGUUGCAAACGAAAAGCCUUCCAUCUCACGACCGGCUCGGGAAGCUAGGGAUUUGCUCAAAAGUUACGAAGUCAAUCGCUAAUUCGUUCAUCAUCACUAUUGUCGUCGCAUAGCUGCUAUCGAAAUCCUGUAAUCCUAGACAAUCUCUUCCUCGUAUUCCCAUUGUUACGCCGGCUGAGUACGAUACCCAGACCAAUUGCAAUUGACGAUGCAUGUAUAGGAAAGCGUGCAACAUAGAACAAUAUGCUACAUCUAGGAAACGGUGUACAGCAUCAUUAGACACAU